AUGGACAAAUUAAGACUUGAAGCUAAAGACUUGGCAGUUGAAGCUAAAUCACUUAAAAUUAAGAAACAAUUUAGCUCACAAAAGAUGAAUCUCUUCGGUCUUUUAUCUCUUCCACAACAUUCAGUGUUUAAGAAUUAGCAUGGAAAGCCCUUUGGAGGCAAAAUUAUUUGAGAAAAUUGUGAAGAAAUCUGAGUCACCCCAUCAUUUCAAAUCGCAUUAUAAAAGAUACAUAAAAGCUCGUAAUAAAGUGAAGGAGUAUGAAAAGCCUCUUUUAGAUAGUUUAUUCUCAAAAAGAGAUUCGUCAAAUGAAGUCCCCAGGAACCAUGUAAAUAUUAUAAGCAGGGAAACAGCGUUAGUGAAAGGUAAAGCUAAGAAUAAGAUGAAAAGUUUGAGAAAAAGUGUGCUUAGCAUCCACGGGAAGGAAAUAAUUCCUAAAGUUGAUACCCCUGUCAAGAAGAAAGGAUAUAAUGAAAUAAUCAGGCAUAAAUAUGAAGAUUCUGGGCAUACAAUGCCUCAAAAUAGCCCUCAUGUAGCCCCUAGAAAGAUCCCAAUUCCAUUACAUCUAGAAGAUGACUUAUCAGACUCUGACAUCUCCCUCUCAAAUAAUAAUUUACGGUUAGGAAAGGUAGCCAGACCUCCUGUUAGACUAAAAUAAAAUUGAACGCUCCCAGCAGGAAGAAGCAGCAGAAAAGAAGUUAAAUAUAGUGAUGACACCUGAAGUAAAGAUAAAUGAGCUUGAAAAGCAAUUCUCCAUAAAUUCUAGAAAAUAACAAGAAGAAACAAAACAAGCUUGCUUUAAAAUAUGCUUUGAGGAAGCCUACCAUCAGCCCUCACAAGAAAAGAGCCUUAAUGGAAUAUUGGAAGAACAAAAGUUUGAAUCUGACUAAGGAAAGGCUUGAGAAGGCAACCAAGUAUAGAGAAACUAUCUAUAAGAACUCUGUACUAUUCCUUAAGAACAAAUUCCAAGUUGAAGAAGCUCUUGGAGGAAACGACCAAGAACUUUAUCGCAAAAGUCUGUACGGUCUCUUCCAAAUCGGCAAGAACUUUCAAGCAAAGUAUAAGGCAACGGGGGCGGAGCAGAGAAGGGUGAGUCUGGACAAAUCUUACCUCAACAGCUGUAAGAGGUUCUCAUCUCAGAGGAAUACUAUUGAUGAGAGGUAUAUAAAAUAUAGCUCACAAGAGUCUAAAAUUAGUAAAUAAGCUGGUAAUUUCAAUAAA